AUUGGAAUUGGCUCCCUUAGAAAGAAAUGAACAAGGACGAAAAUCACCAAUAAAUCAUGAAAAACGUACGUUUUCCAAACGGCGUUGUACGCCAAAUUCUGACAUCAUACUGCAUUUUCUUGAUCAUGAUUUACUUAGUUGAAGGUAGCCUUCCUCAAGAUCCCAUCAAGUGUAUAACAAAAAAUUCAAACUGCACCAUCACAAAUAUCUAUGGCUCAUUUCCGGAUCGGAGCAUUUGCCGUGCAGCUGAAGUCGCUUAUCCUACCACAGAAGAAGAACUCAUCUCUGCGGUAGGAAAAGCAACUAAGGAGAAAAGGAAAAUGAGAGUAGCGACUCGCUACUCUCAGAGUAUUCCUAAGUUGGUUUGUCCUGGUGAGGAUGAUGGUCUCAUUAUCAGUACAAAACUCCUUAAUAAGGUACAGAUGAUGGAUCGACAAAACAUGAAGAUGAGGGUGGAUAGCGGACUAAUACUAAGGGAUUUGAUCGAUGAGGCAGCGCAGGUUGACCUAGCGCUGCCUCAUUCGCCUUAUUGGUGGGGAAUGAGUGUUGGUGGUUUGCUAGGUACUGGUGCACAUGGCAGCUCUCUUUGGGGUCUGGGAAGUGCAGUGAAUAACUAUGUAGUUGAGCUUCGGAUCGUCACACCAGCUACAGAAGAAGAAGGCUAUGCAAAAGUUCGGACCCUUGACACUGCUAAUCCUGAGUUUAAUGCAGCUAAAUUGUCACUUGGAGUUCUUGGAGUCAUUUCACAGGUUACUUUCAAAUUACAACCAAUGUUCAAACGUAAUAUCGCCUUUGUAGAAAAGAGUGAUUCAAAUUUGGGAGAUGAAGUCAUCACCUUUGGAAGAAAACAUGAAUUUGCAGAUUUCUCUUGGUUCCCAAGUCAAAAAACAGUGCUUUACAGGAUUGAUAAUCGAGUUCCCUUAAGCUCUUCUGGCAAUGCUCUAAAUGAUUAUCUUGGAUUCCGACCCACUUCUCCACUUAUUCUUUCAUCUAUGAGAACCUCAGAGGAGACUCAAGAAGCUCUACGUGAUUCUGAUGGAAAAUGCAUAAGUGGAAAACUCACCAAGUCGUUAUUGGACACAGCUAAGUAUGGGUACACAAACAAUGGUAUUAUUUUCACGGGCUAUCCUUUGAUCGGACCACAAAAUCGUCUACAAGCAUCUGGCAGUUGCCUAAUCAAUGAUGGAAUUCUUGACGAUUUAGUAUGCCCUUGGGAUCCAAGAAUAAAGGGUCUAUUUUUUCACCAAACAACAUUCAGUAUUGGCUUAUCCAAAGUAAAAAACUUUAUACAAGAUGUGCAAAAACUCGUGGUGUUACAACCUAAGGCAUUAUGUGGUUUAGACCUAUACAGUGGAAUCCUAAUGAGGUAUGUCACAGCUUCGAAUUCUUACUUGGGACAUCAAGAAGAUGCAGUGGAUUUUGAUAUAACAUAUUACAGAAGCAAAAAUCCAUUGACUCCUAGGUUAUAUGAAGAUAUUCUUGAAGAAAUAGAGCAAAUGGCGAUGUUUAAAUAUGGAGGAGAGCCUCACUGGGGGAAGAAUCGUAAUGUGGCUUUCAUUGAUGUGAUUAAAAAGUAUAAGGAUGCCGAUAAGUUUUUAAAGGUGAAAGAAACUUAUGAUCCUUUAGGGUUAUUUUCUAAUGAAUGGACAGAUCAAAUUCUUGGGUUAAAGAGUGGAUUGUCCAUUGUUAAGGAAGGUUGUGCUUUAGAAGGACUAUGCAUUUGUUCAGAUGAUAGCCAUUGUGCACCAAAGAAGGGCUAUUUUUGCAAACCUGGGAAGGUUUAUGUGGAAGCAAGAGUUUGUACUCUGUUAUCGUCUAAUGUUCUUUAGUAUUUAACUAUUUAUGAUGAAAUUGUAACACGUACCUGCCAUUACCAUUGAAAGUUUACAUUCAAUAAUGUAAAAAUAAAGGAUAUGUUGGUUAAUGAAUUCCUGGUGUUAAACUUGAUAGUA